UUUCGUUUUCAAAAGUUCCAGUCUGAAGAAGUCAACCUCAGAAUAGAAGGUGGAAAUAAUUUGAGAGGAGAAUGGGUGGAUCUGAUGACACAGAAUGGAGGUUUGGGACUUGUUUUCAAUCAUUUUGUCACAAUUAUGAGCUGGAACAGAAGUGGCAGUCAGCCAAGGACUACAGUUAUGAAAAUCCUGGAUCCACCCUCUUCAUCAUAGCAGUCAUAGCCAUGUGUAGCUUCCCCAUCUUUUGCUUUAUAGCCUUUGUCAUUGGAUCACUUAUCAUUGGAUUCACAGUUUUUCUGUUUGUAGAAGGUACAGUCCUCACGGUGGCCACCUUUCUUUUGGGAGGGGCACUAUUUUUUGCCAGUCUCUUCUCUGUGGGCUUCAGUUUGUUUGCUGUUUUAGCCAUCUACACCUUUUCCACUGCUCAGAAAAUAAUGGGCAAAAUUUCACCAAAGGUCUCCACUUCUGCAGGGGUGGAGUGUGAUUCAACACAGAAAGAUAAAUAGAGAAUGUGUCAACAAACUACGCAAAAGUCUUUAAAUGACAGAAAUCAAGAUAAUGAAAUUUUUUCUCAAAAGAACCGGUGCUGAGAAUUUUGAAAAAAAUCAAAUUGCUUCUGUGUUGUUUUUUCACUGAUCAAUACUUUGAUUAAAAUUCCAGAUUAUAUCAUUCAAGUAGUAAAAAACAAUGCAAUUUCACUUGAACCAAGAAUCAUUUUUCAUUGAGAUUUGAGACUGUAUGCAGCUCGAGGGUUUAAAUCUGUACAGAUUCAUGUUUUACGUUAUUUGACAUUGUUUAUUUAUUGUUAUUUAAAUAUUGGGCAUAAUUAAUGUUUUAUAAAUAACUGUUUUGUAUAUUGUUUGUUAAACUUUAAUCAUGAACAUUUUGUAUAUAGUUUUUAUAUAAAAUAAAUUGAUCAGUAUUGAACAA